AUGGAGGGCAACAACGACCCCUUCAUAUUCGGGCCUGAUGCCUCAACAGACAUGGAAACUCUACAUGCAAUCCACUACGGCAACAACGACAACGGAGCCUACAAUCCAACUAACCCUCACGAAUCAUGCUACCUCGACGCGCCAACCACAUCGUCCGACGACGUGGUGACAGACUGGUCAAAUCUGCAGCUGUCGUUGAACGGUAUUUCGCCGCCGACGACAACGAGUAGUCAGAGCAGCGUCGUGCAUGAUGGUACCAUAUUCCAGGAAGCGUUUCUAGCGCAUCAUUCGCACGUUAGCAAUUUGACGCUGGCUAUUGAAGGGAUGAACAAUAACAAUGCGGCGGGGUUGUUCGAUGCUAUCCCCGCUUCAGCUUCCGGCUCAGAUGAGUUGAAUCUCAAUCCGCCAUACAUCGACGACAAGCCGGGGCGAAUGACGAAACAAAGUCUCCGCACACUCAAGGACUGGAGAGCGCAACACGGGGAUGCCGCGAGACCUACAAAGCAGCAAGUUCACCGUCUACAGCGACGCACGAAUUUAUCUUCUGAGCAGAUAUUGAACUGGUUCAAUCAUACGAAGCGGCGAGCGGAGACGUUUGGGCAUUCCCAUACGCAGCAAUUGGGGACUGUACCACAGGAUUUUUCGACGUCGAAUGCGAAUGUGAAUGGGAAUGCCGUGGAGCGGCCGUCUACGCCCGCAGUGCGAGAUAUCAUCUACGCACCUGGCACGCCUUUAGGCGACAUGGACCCGAUGGAACGCUGGGAGAACUCACCACCCGAACACGAAGCCGCGCUGUUUAGCGACAUCGCAAAAGCACUCUCAAAUUCCCCUCUCGCAACCGCUACUGUUCCAAACAAAUCGCAAACAAGCACCCGAUCUGCCUCCCACGCAGACGAUUCCGCAUCAACACGCUCAUCAAUAAAUCAUCGCGACCCAUCAACCUCAUCCUUGGACUCAGUCGUCUGGUCCGACCACUCCGGCACAUCCGCACAAUCAGGCCGCUCAGACACCAAACCCGAAUACCGUCGACGCGCACGCAAGAGACGCACAAACCCGUUGUCUCGAGGGUUGAACCUCAACAGCCUGCGCAGCAACAACGUGCCCAAAACGUUUCAGUGCACAUUUUGCACGGAUAGUUUCAAGACGAAGUACGACUGGUCGCGGCAUGAGAAAUCGCUUCAUCUCGCGCUUGAGUCGUGGACUUGCUCGCCUUUCGGUGCUGUCAGCCACGACGACGAGAAUGCCGACGAGGAGCCGAAAUGCGUCUAUUGCAACACUGGCUCGCCUACAGAAGACCAUCUGCAUACCCACCGCUACCUCGCCUGCGACGGCCGCCCGGAAUCCGAACGCACAUACUACCGCAAAGACCAUCUCCGGCAACACCUGAGGCUGGUGCACGGCUGCCGCUUCAUCCCUUCAAUGGAAAAAUGGAAACACACUCCCGAAUUCGUGCGUUCCCGAUGCGGAUUCUGCGAUAAACUGCUGUCCACAUGGCAGGCUCGCGUCGAUCAUUUGGCCGCGCAUUUCAGGUCUGGCGCAUCGAUGGCCGAGUGGGUUGGUGGAUGGGGGUUUGAGCCACAGAUAUCACGGUUGAUAGAAAAUGGGAUACCGCCCUUUCUGAUUCAUCAGGAGAGAAAUACGGUUGCGCCGUUUACGGGGAGUAUUGCGCUGCAACAGCAAUCCAAGAAGCAGCCUGCUAAUAGAGUUGGAAAUAAUGAUGAGGGCGAUAAAGCGGAAGAAGAGGAGAACUCGAAACCGUAUAUUAAUCAAUACUCGUAUCCAGCUACGGGCGAAGGGUCGUGGUAUGAUUGCUUCGAGACGCAGUUGGCGACGUAUAUCAAUGCCGUGAUUGCGACUGAGGGCCGGAUUCCGUCUGAUAAGGAGAUUCAAGAUCAAGGACGCAGGUUCGUGUUUGAUGAUGAUGAUCCGUGGCAUCAGACCAUUGCCGAGAAUGUGAUGUGGUUGGAAUAUUUCAAGGAGAGGCAUGGGUUUAAUAGCCUUAUUCUCUAG